AUGAGGAUAUUUUUCAGACAUAUCGGUUGUAUUACUUCCGUACCGGAGGAAGAGGAUGUGAAAAAGCAACUCUUGGAGCGAGGUUAUCUUAUCGGCCAAGCCAUCGGAGAAGGAUCCUACUCGAAGGUUUACUACUCGGAGUUUCGUAAACCCGGUCAUCAGUUCCCGGAACGAAGAGCCUGUAAAAUCAUCAACCGGAAGCAAAGUUCAAUGGAGUAUUCGCAGUUCCUUCCGAGAGAGAUCAAAACGAUGAUAGCCCUGUCGCAUCCCAAUAUUGUUUCGGUUUAUGCGGUGUUUAAAUUUGGUCCGUAUGUUUGUAUCUUCAUGGAUUACUGUCAGUGCGGAGAUUUGCUGCAGAGAAUCCAGACUCGAGGUAAGCUGUCCGAGGCAAAAGGUCGUCUGUUGUUCCGGCAGUUGGCCUCGGCCGUGUGCUACAUGCACUCCAGGGGCUUUUGUCACCGGGACAUAAAGUGCGAGAACGUCCUGCUCUCGAGUGCAACGCAUGUCAAGCUGUCAGAUUUCACAUUUGCCAAGAAGUGUUCCUGCGAGAAAGCUUCCCAACAGCUCAGUGCGACUUUCUGCGGAUCGGUAGCAUAUGCGGCACCCGAAAUUCUCAAGGGAAUCCGCUACGACCCGAAACGGUACGACAUGUGGUCGCUGGGCUGUGUGCUGUUCAUUAUGGUAACCGGGACGAUGCCAUUCGAUGAGAGCAACAUUCCGGAAACGAUUGAGCGACAGGAACGGAAGCUCUACUUCUACCCGGAAGGGGUGAAGCCGAAUCCGACAAUUAUCGAACUGAUUGACAGCCUGAUCGAACCGGACGUAAACGUGAGAGCUAGCAUCGAACAGGUCGUUGAUUGUCCAUGGCUGCAGGAGGUGGAGUAGUUGAAGGGCAAGG